AUGGAUUUCAUCAGCAAAUUCGCCGAAAAGUUGCUCGACAAGGACAAGUCCAGCAGCAGCCAAGAAGGCUAUGGCAACCAGGGCGGAUACGGUGGAGGUGACCAGGGAGGAUACGGUGGACAGCAGCCCGGAGGCUAUGGCGGCGGCUAUCCUCAACCGCAACAACAUUCAGGCCCUCAGACCGGCGAGAGGAGCUGGAACCACCCGGGCCAGGGCGGUGGCUACGGACAGCCGCAGCCUUCUUAUGGUGGCGGUGCGCCGUACGGUGGAGAGCAGUCGUAUGGCCAGCAGCCCUCGUAUGGCUAUGGCGAGUCGCGUCAGGGAGAUUACUAUCAGCAGCAGGAGCCUAAGAAGGAUCACUCUACGGCGAAAAUCGCAGGUGCUGCAGCUUUGGGUGUGGCUGGUGGAGCGUUGGCAGCCUAUGGUAUACAUGAAGCGCAUGAGAGUUGGGAAGACAACAAGGAAGAGAUAAAGCAGAAUGUUGAGGAUUUCCCUGAAAAUGCAGCGGAAUGGACCGGCGAAAAGGUCGGUGAAGUCGAAGCAGGCUGGGAUCGCGCCGAAGAUCGAGUCGAGGACGGCUGGGAUAACACGGUCGAUAAGGUUGAGAACUUCCCUGAAAAUGCUGCUGAGUGGACUGGCGAAAAGGUCGGAGCCGUGGAACAGUUCGGUGAUGAUAUGCACGAUGCAUACGAGCGGGGAGAGGAUGAGGGCCGCGGUGACGACAAUUGGUAG